UGCCGUGUUGGCCUUUGCUUAUCCUUUCUCUCUUUCCCUCUGUCAUCUCCUUUUCAGCACAGGUAACCGAAGCCACCAUAACAGUCGAUGGCGUGCCGAGCUGUAGAGAGCUGGACUCUCACCUCUCUUGUGGGCGCUUACCUCGACCUAGCCCUGGCCUACCUCCUCCUCGUCGGAGCCACCAUCGCCUUCUUAGCUUCGAAGCUUCUCUCCCUCGCCGGUCUCUCUCUCCCAUGCACUUGCGAUGGACGAUUCGGCCACCCUUCAUGUGCCCAAAACAGCCUCCUCCUCGACUUCCCCAGAGCCAAUCUUGCCGCCGUCCAUCACACACUUCGCUCUCGUUUUCCUUUUGAUUCCCUUUUGCCCGCAGGUGCUUCACCCUCUCCCCGAUGUCGCUAUGCUGUCCAAUACCCUAGUGAAGAUUGCGAUUUGCCGCCGCCCGAGAUGCCCCCUGAUUCGCCCGAGGAGCCUUUGGUUCAUCCAAGUCCUGGGUAUUCGAUCUACGAUCGGGAGAAGUCUUGCUCGACCUCGGCUGAGAGGAUUUCCGGCGGCCCCUGGGAUUUUGAUGAGGAUGUUUUGGUGGAAGAGGUUGCAGAUGAAGAGGAGAACGAUUCAUGUAAUGGCGUUGGAGGCCUGUUAGGAUGCGAUAAAGUGUUGAGUUUGGAAACGUUGAGGAGUUUGGAGCAGGAGCUUGAGGAGGAGAGAGGGGCUCGUGCAGCGCUGUAUCUUGAAUUGGAGAAGGAGAGGAAUGCGGCUGCCAGUGCUGCAGACGAGGCCAUGGCAAUGAUAUUGAGGCUUCAGAAGGAGAAAGCUGAGAUAGGCAUGGAGGCCCGUCAGUAUAAGCGAAUGGUUGAGGAGAAAUCUGCUUAUGAUGAGGAAGAGAUGGAGAUUCUCAAAGAGAUCAUAGUGAGGCGGGAGAGGGAGAAGCAUGUUCUUGAGAAUGAAGUCGAGAUGUAUAAGCAAAUGAUGAAUUCUGGUGAGAGAGUUGAGCUGGAGCUUGAUAAUGAGAACUUUUUGAAAGACAAAUUUGAUACUUUCGUUGAUUCCUCAGAUGAUCCCAUGCUGAUGUUGAAACAAAUUUAUAAAUCAGUUGGAAAGAAGGAAGAACCAAAUGAUUUUGGAGUGGAAUCAUCACCAAUUACGAAUUCAAGUAUAGUUGGCUCAAAUCAAGGUUAUCUUAUGUAUAAUUUUGUAGGUUCGAGUAAACAUCCUGAAUUAUUUAGCAGUACAGAUGAUUGUGAUCAGGAAUUCCAGGAGAAAACCAUACUCGCAACAUGUACCAACUCAUCGUCUUCAAAUAUCCUAAAUAUUACAUCUGUAGAUGAUUCAGUUGUGUAUAGCUUGAAUGCACCUUUUGAAGCUGAAUACCAUAAAGAUAUUACAGACUCUACUGCCAAAGAUGAAGGUGAGAGGGGUACCCCAAUUGAUACUAUAGUUUCUAUUGAAGGCCCAUGUACAAUGGGAAGUGAUGAAACUGAUCAGAGAUGCAGUGAAUCUUCUCAACAUGAAACUGAAUCAAACAUCCUUGAUGUUCAUGUACAGUUCGAGGAAGAUAGCAACCAAAAUGUCAUUGCUUCAGAGGAAGAAUUAUCAUGUACAAAUUUUGAUGAAAUGGAACUUAAAAUUCGAAGAAGCUGCUCAGAAAUCACAAAUAGGAUCAGUUUGAUUGAUGGCUUGUAUGGUAGAACUUCAUGUUUCAAUCCGCGGAGUUCAUUUCCUUUUGUUGAAAGCGAAAGAUACAAAAUUGAAAAUGAAGUUGACGUUCUAAGGAAGAGAUUAGAGAUCAUCAGGCAAGGAAGAAAAAAUCUAAGCCUUUAUGCAGACCAAAAAGAGAAGGAAAGCUUCCAGUUACAACUCCUUGAUGAGAUUGCAUUUCAACUUGAAGAGAUCAAGAAAGUAACAAAACCUGCUAAAAGUCUACGGCGAGUCUCACUACCUCCUCUAUCUUCCAAGUUCAAAGGAGCACAUUAAUGGAGAAUUUUGAAGCAGCUUAGAGAAUCAUUGCCUUGGAAUUUUGCCUCAGGCACUUUUGGAGCUAAGUAUGCAGGGCUUUCUCCAGCUACUUUGUGUAAAUAUUUAUUUAGCCAUUCAUAAAUGAUCAUGUAUUGUGGAUUUGUUGUUUUUUUUUUCUUUAAUUGUAUUUCAGUUAGAUCAUGGUAUAUAUUAUUAGUGUAAUGUCUUUGACAAUUUUUUUUAAGAAAUGUAGAUAUUUAUUAGAAA